AUGCGUCCCUCAACCUACCUUCUCGCAGCCCUCUGCGCAUCAGGAAACGCCCUCCAAGCCAUCGACGUACCAAACCGCGCCAGCGAAGCCAUAGCAGCCGCCAACGCAGCCAUCAAGGACCGCCGCGACCUCAACGCCUGCAACUCCGUCGCAACCUCUCUCUUGCCCAAGAUCACCGACGGGGUGCCCACGCCGCCCGCCGACGUGGCCGCCUACAUUGCGCUCUCAGUGACCAUUACGGACGCCUGCUCCGACCCGACCAUCACGGGGUCCAUCGGCUCCGCGUACUCAACCUACGCGUCAUCGUACACCUCGUGGAGGGACAAGCAUAUCACCGACUUCCGCGCGCUGUGGCAGGCUUGCAGCGACGUUCCUGGCGCCGUUGACGUUUUGCCUACGGGUACGGAUCAGUGUAGCUCCGUCGUGGCGCAGAUUACCAGCGCGGGGCCGGUCAACGGCGGCGGGUCGGGGGGUAUCGGAUCGCACAACGCUGCCGCUAGGCCCAUGGAGACUGGGGCGGUUGUUGCGGCAGCGGCUAUGGCAGGAUUUGUUGUUGCUGCUAUUCAGUAA